UCCUAAUUCUCUUCACCGCUACAACGUUUUCUCCACCCAGUUCUUCCAAUAUUUCUUCUUCACUACAGUUCAUUAGAUCCCGGCAGUAUAUAACUCCUUUACUUAAGUUUAGCGUAUCAUGAGGUUUCACUUGAACUUCAAAAGUAUCCCACGUGGAUAGAGGACGGCCCCGAGGGAGCGAUGUACAACCGAACCAAGUCAGGCUGGUUCGACGCUAUGACUUUUGAGGAUUGGUUCGACAAAAUUAUCCUUCCGUAUUUUAGAAAUCUCCUUGGGAAGAAGAAGCCUGUGAACAACAUAGUAUCAACUUUGUGUUGCUUCCUCCCAAUGGAACACAUCUUCUACAGCCGUUAGACGUGGCGUUUUUUGCACCUAUGAAGAAAGCGUGGCGUGAGAUAUUAAGAGAGUGGAAAAACAAAAAUAGAGGGUGUAUACCCAAAUCUGAUUUUCCCCGCUUGUUCAACAAGUGUAUAAAAAAUAUAGAAAACAUUGAAAAUAACAUUAAGUCCGGUUUUAGAGGAUGUGGAAUUAUCCCACUCGAUCCAAAUGUGGUUUUAAGUAAAAUACCAGAUGUCGAUGCCAGUCAAGAGCAAGAUCAGCGGCAAAAUGAGAAGCACUGGACAACAACGUUACAGGAAUUUCUGAAAGAAAGUCGGUUGGCGGCAACGCAAGAUCUUCGUCCAAAGCGAGGUAAAAAGUUAAAGAUCGCACCUGGAAAAUCAAUUGGACGCAAAGAUUUGGAGGCUCCAUCCACCAGCUGCGCUGACCAUAUAAACAGCGACUUAGAAAAAAAUAGUGAAAGAGAAGAUGAGACUGAAUCAAACGAUGACGAUCUAGAACUCGAAGAUGUGACUGAUGGUGAUGAAAAGGAAAACUGUGGUCAAGAGGACUUAGAGACUGAUGCGGAUUUAGUAUCUAAUGUUAUACAGGGAACUUUUGUGUUAGUGAAAUUUAAUUGCCCUAAGAAUGCCCAUAAAUAUUAUGUUGGGUGUGUCUCAGAAAUUGUUGAUGAAGCCAAAAACGUUUAUUAUGUUAAUUUUUUAAGGAAACAACAAUCAGAGAAAACUGGGGUCCACUUUGUGUACCCCAAUACCAAAGAUCAGAGCUUAGUAGAGGGCCCCCAAAUUUUUCAAAUUAUCAAGGAUGUCAAAUUCUUAAGACGCGAGAGAUUUCAAUUUCCCAGUUUGAGGAAAUACGAUGUUAGAAUCGAAUGAACAAAAAAUGUUGUUACCUAGGUACCUACUCAAAUAUUUUUGACUUUCGACCUUAACAAAUGCCAAAUAUUUUUGAUUUUUAGACUUUUUAGAAAUAGAUUUUAUUUUUUAAAUGUGUUAUGGUCUUUUAUAAUAUUGAGUUGUAUUUUCAAAUUAUGUUUUUGUAUUUUUGAGAAUAAAAAUAAGAGUUUUCGUUAUGUAAAUUGCAUUUUUUUUGGAUUUUUGUGUUAAAAAACAUAUUUAUAAUUUUUUUCUGUCCGAAUUCGCCCCAUAUAUAGUGUGAAGAAUAAUUUACAGGCAAAUUAAA